GCAAAGGUUUGGAACAUGAAGCUUUGUACUUCUUCACCAAUAGGUGCAAACUUUAUCUAUGUGUUGCAGAGAGCUAGCAAGGCAAAGAUGAUUACCCGGGAGGUAUUACUGUGCCUAGUGGCUUUACUGGUUGUUUGGGUGAGUCAUUGUGUUUAUAGGUGGAAGAAUCCAAAGUGUCAUGGCAAAUUACCUCCUGGUUCAAUGGGUUUUCCCUUUAUUGGGGAAACCAUCCAAUUCUUCAUCCCUAAUCAUUCACUCUAUGAUAUUCCUCCUUUUAUCAGAAGUAGAAUGGCUAGAUAUGGAUCGUUGUUUCGGACUAGUUUGGUUGGGAGGAAAGUGGUAGUCUCAGUGGAUCCCGAAAUCAAUUACCAGAUCUUCCAACAAGAAGGAAAGUCUUUUGUAAUUUCUUACACGGAGAGUUUUAGUGAAAUUAUUGGACGAAAAAGCUUGCUUGUUUACCAUGAAAUGGCUCAUAAGUACCUAAAAAACCUCAUUCUACACCUUGUUGGUCCUGCAAACUUGAAGGCAAAAUUGAUUCAUGAAAUGGAUGAAUCAACACGCACACGUUUACAUUCAUGGGCUUCUCAUGGCAAUAUUGUAGAUAUCAAAGAAGCUACCUCAAAUAUGGUUUUUGAAUAUUUUGCUAAGAAGCUCAUUAGCUAUGAUGAAUGCAAGACCUCCAAGAAACUGAAGGAUAAUUAUAACGCAUUUAUGUCUGGCCUUAUCUCGUUUCCUAUAAACAUCCCAGGAACUGCUUACCAUGCAUGCUUAGAGGGUCGAAAAAAUGCACUGAAAGUGAUUAAGGAUACCAUGGAAGGGAGGAAAAAUUGCAAUAUUAACCAUGGAGAUUUCUUGGAUUAUUUAGUGGAGGAAGUGAGGAAAGAAGAUACAAUUUUGAGUGAAGAAAUUGCAGUGAACAUGAUAUUUCUACUUCUUUUUGCUGCUUAUGAGACGACUUCUACAGCCAUUACUUUAGCCAUCAAGUUUAUUUCUGAUCAUCCUCAAGUUCUAAUACAAUUAACGAGAGAGCACGAGGCAAUUCUUAAAAGCCGUGAGAGCAAGAACUCAGAGAUUACAUGGCAGGAAUACAAGUCCAUGACUUUUACUCAUAUGGUAAUCAAUGAAACACUCAGGCUCGCAAAUAUCGUGCCCGGAAUGUUCAGAAAAGCUGUGAAAGAUGUUCAGAUGAAUGGAUUUACAAUUCCAGCAGGUUGGCUGGUUAUGGUAGUUCCUGCAAUUACUCAUUUGGAUCCUGAUAAAUAUGAUGAUCCUCUUUUGUUUAAUCCAUGGCGAUGGGAGGGAAAGGAAUUGCAUGCAGGAUCAAAGACUUUCAUGGCCUUUGGUGGGGGUGUGAGACUUUGUGUGGGGGCUGACUUUGCAAAGCUCAAAAUGGCCAUCUUUCUUCACUACUUGGUUUUAAAUUACAGGUGGACAGUGAUCAAAGGAGGGGAUACCAUUCGAAUGCCUGGUUUGAUAUUUCCUAACGGAUUACACAUCAAGAUUUCAGAGAAGCAGAAUGGAUGAAAAAUAUAAAAGUUUAUUUAUUUAUAAACCCUAAGGGGUUCGAUUUAUUAGCAAAACCAAUAGUAUAUAGUGCUACCUUGAAGAUAUAAUGGAACAGAAAUAUAUCUACCUUGAAGGUCUACUGAGCCCUAAGAGGUUAGAUUGUGAUGAUCAGUAUGGGUGGGUACGGGACACUAAUAGGCUACGUGAUAUCCAAUUCCACAUCACUUAGGUGUAGAUCAAGAGAUGAUUUAAAUGUAAUAAUAGUCACUUUCAUAAUGCUGAAAUAUUUUCAAAAUAAUUAAAGAUGAUUUAAAUAUAAUAAUAAUCACUCUCAUAAUGGGAUAAUUUAAAUGUAAUAAUAGUUAUUCUCAUAACGCCGAGGCCUUUUUAGAGAGAUUGACUUCAAGGUUUAAGGAAGCUCCAAAGUUAAGCACGCUCAGACGAGAGCAAUCCUAAUAUGGGUGAUUUCUUCGGAAGCUCUGAACAAAAUAUCUCAUACCGAGAGCGGUGGUCAAAUUAGGAACAAUAUGGGGUUGAGAGUGACAAAUCCACAAUGGAGGCAGGAUGUUAUAGCAAUAACCAUUUCUUCUUUUGCAACUUUUGUUGGUCCACCUAGUAGACCUUCUUCAACUUCACUACCAGCCCAAAGCCAUGUGGUAUACUUUAUUUCAAUAAUCAUAACACCUCAAAUUUCUGCUCCACUUGUGGUCGUGUCAGAUAAAUUUGCUGGACACUGUCAGUCUACUUCACUACUGACUUUACUUGAUCCAACUUAGUAUCUCAAUAGUGGUGCUACAAAUCAUGUAGCAGCUGAUGCAAAUGCCCUUUUAGAGCAAAUUGAAUAUAUAGGCAACAACAAGUUAAUAGUUAGAAGUGAUUAGUUAUUUUUCAUAUUGGAAACUUUUAUCUUCCAACUAGUACUAUUCCCAUGAAGCUUUUGAAUAUUCUAUUUGUUCCUUCUAUUGCAAACAACAUGCCUAGUGUUUCUAAAUUGACUAAAGACAAUGAUUUGAUAAUUGAGUUUACUGUUGAUUCUUGUGUUGUUAAGGAUCAUCAAAGGACUAUACUGCUCCAACGAGUGCUUGAUGAGGGCUUAUACAAACUUAUUCUUCCUAGAAAAGGUCAUUAUUCGAGCUUGUUUUCUUCAUCAUCUCUACCUUCUUGUGACCAAGGCUACCCUCUCUAUUCCUCAUCAAUUUCUUCUUCACCAACUUCAACUAUUAGUUUCAUUUCCUCUGGAAAUGAUACCAAGACAUUCACUAAUGUAGCUACUAAUUGUCGUACAAAAUCUUCUUUUACUUUGAAUUCCAAUAAAAAUUUGUUCUAUAAUUCUCGUUCUUCUAAGUCUACUGCUAGUUCAAAAUUUUCUUUUUCUAUGUCUAAUUUUAGUUCAAAAUUUCAUUGUAAUAAAGUCUCUGAUUCACAUUGUAAUA